UUCAUUUAAAUAAAAGUAUAAAAUGUAUUAGUAUUAUAUAAAAUGUAUAUGAAUAAAGAGCAUAGAAUAGUAUAAUCUAUUUCAAAGGAGCCGAGAUUAAAACAUAUUUCACUCAAUUAAAAAUAAUGCAAUCUGAUGAUUAGAUAUAUGUAAUAUUAUUUUCAGGUAAAGUUCCAUUUCGGGUCUACAUGCGAGCAAAGCCUGGGAAAUACGGCAUCAAAGUUUGGUGUUGUUCGUGCGUUGAUUGCACAUACAUAUGCAAUCUCCAGGUUUAUUGCGGAAAGACUGAAGGUAAAGUCGAAAAAGGCCAAGGAAAAAGAGUUGUUGGAGACCUGAUAAAGCCUUUUACAAUGGCCUGGAGAGAAUUGACUGUGGAUAAUUUCUUCACAUCAGUAGAACUUUGCGAGGAGUUAUGGGAAAAGAAGACGAUUCUCACAGGCACUGUUCGGCACAAUAAAACGAAUGUUCCACCGGAAUUCAAAAAUUCAAAAGGACGUAAACAGAACACAACAUUAGUUGGACACGCCGGUGUGAAAACUUUGACAUCUUUCAUCAAUGGUAAGAAAAAAAAGCCAGUUAUACUCCUUUCCUCAGCUACUCCAGAAUGCGAUGAACCAGGAAAAAAACCUGCAAUAGUACAGCACUACAACAACACUAAAGGAGCUGUGGAUGCAGGAGACUUCAUUACAAGAAAGACUAACUGCGUAAGGAAGACACGAGUUUGGACAAAAAAGCUUAUCAUGGAGCUUAUUAGCGUUGCAUGCUUGAAUGCAAGUUGCCUAUUUAAGAAAAAGUAUCCACUUGUUGCAAAAGGGAACCAUCGUUGGAGAUCGGACUUUCUCAAAGAACUAUGUAAUGAGCUUAUUCUGGAAAAUGUCAAGGCAAGAGAGAAAUCAACUAAAAUUCGUCAAAAGCUGAAAUUGCAAAUGCAGAAUUUUACUUCUCAAACAUUUGAAAGUUAUACCAAAACACUGAACUAUGCAACUGCUGCGUCCAUGUGUCUCAAGCAACUGAGACAUGUUCUGCUUGUUUAUCAAGUGUUUGUAUGCAACAUAUUUGCGAAAGAAGCAUAACGUUUUGUAAAAAGUGCUGCGGAAGCGGAAAAUUCGUACAAAAUGUUCCACAACUAAAAAGAGCUCGUUGUCAACGGUGCAAAAAGGACCGCAAGACGAAGGUUACAUGUGCAAAGUGCAAAAUGUUCAUCUGUGUAGACUGUCAAAAAAAAGUGUCGUUUAAAUUUUGCGUGAAAUGUAUUGAUUCAAUUUGAAGAGCAACAACGAGAUGUAUACUUGUGCUAUGAGAGUUUAAUAAAAAAAUUUAUCAUAUAAACCACCUUUGAAAACACAAAACUAUUUUCAACGAUAGCGAGUAUCUUGCAUUCAUACAUCGGAUGAGUGCAGAAAUAUUGAGAAAAUUAUCAAAUAGAAAAAAAAAUCAAAUCAAAUCAAUAGAAAAUUAUCAAAUCAAAAAUCAAAUUGAGAA